AUGCGCACCAACUGCCAACCAGGCACUCCCAAUAAGCGCAUGCCCAGAGCUGAAAUAUUGUCCAUACCUCUUCUACCCUGGUCGACCGACUGGCGGCUAUACCUGUACGCAUGCGUAUUGCAGAGCCCCUUCACUCCCCGCAAGCGUUUGGACCAAUCACUGGCCAGUGCGCACACGCAGGUCCUGCACUGGAAAAUGGCGGGGAGUUCUGAGACUUUGAAGAUGGAGCCGCUGGGAGGAGCGGACGAGGCUGAGGAGGCUGAAGGGCAGGCCAAGUCUCUGAAGACAACUGAUGACUUGCUGGCAAUGGUGGCAAAGCUGCAGAAAGAGGGGAGCCUGGAGCCACAGAUCGAGGACCUGAUCCACCGCAUUAACGCGCUCCAGCAAGCAAAAAGGAAAGCCAGCGAGGAAGUGGGAGAGGCCCUUGCGCUCUGGGAGGCCCUGCACCGGGAGCUGGACUCUAUGAAUGUGGAAAAAGUACACCUAGAAGAGAUCCUGAGCAAAAAGCAAGAGACACUGAGGAUCCUGCACUUGCACUGUCAGAAGGACCAUGCUGGACAGAGGGUGGAUGUUGAAGAACAGUUGGAGGAGCUGAUGGGCCAGCACAAGGACCUCUGGGAGUUCCAUAUGCUGGAGCAGCGACUGAUCCGGGAGAUGGGUGCCCUGGAGUGUAGCAAGGCUCAGCUGCUCACUGAUGAGACGGUGGUGCGAGCCAAGCUGGAGGAGGUGGGGCGCAGGCUGCAUUCACCACUGGAGGUCCAGGAAGCCCUGGCCUGGAACAACCAGCCCCUCCUGCAGAACCCUGAAACCACAGCCUUCAGGCUGCCAGCGGAGCUGGAGUUGGUCCAGCACCAGGUCCCUGCCCAAGCCCAGGCUGCCCCAGAGGAUGAGGCCUGCAAAGGAGAAACCUGGGUGGAGGUGAGGGUGCAGAGCCAGAUCCCCACAGGCCAGGACCUUCUCCCCAGUGCUGUCUGUGAGAACAAUGGAGAGCCCCCCCUAGAGCUGGCACUGCUGCCCCCUAAGCCGCCUGGAUCUCCCAGUCAAAGCCUGCCAGGAAAUAAAGGCCCUCACUUCCUGGGCUGA